AUGCGUGUUGGAGUGCAUACAGGCAAAGUGAUUUGUGGUCUGGUAGGGACACGUCGGUUUAAAUUCGAUGUUUGGUCCAAUGAUGUCACCUUAGCGAACAAGAUGGAGUCUUCAGGAGAGGCGGGCAAAGUGCACAUCUCGGAGGCCACCUAUGAAUUUGUCAAGGACAUCUAUGAGGUCUCUGACGGUGAACCAGUCCCCGGUAAGAUAAAUUUUUCCUUUAAACUGAUUUUUUUGUGA